AUGGUGCUCCAAAAAGUAUCCGAUUUUGCGUGGAAUGACCCAAUGGACUUCGACUCCAAUAUCGUGUCAUCUAUCAAUAGAGUACUGAGAAAUUUGGCAGCACAAAAGGAGCAACGGCAGCAACAGCAACAGCAGCAACAAGGUGUGUCUACUGUUGGUGUCGGUGUCGGUGCUGGAAGUCCGGCCGAAAGUGUUUACGAUAAGCUGAGGAUACUUAAUGGGCAAACAACAGGCUGGCCGAGGCCAAAUCCGUGGUAUCCAUCGGGAGCAGGCAGUCCAUUUCCAUCCCUGCAACCCAGCUUAAGCCCAAGCCACUGUACAACUUUGCCACCGGAUCCUGCGGAUAUCUUGCACGCGAAGAAAGGUAGGGGAAACCUCUUACACCAUUACAAAUAA